CGCGUCGGGACACCCCAAGGCAUCCUCCCCUUCCCGCCCCUCGGGGGACCUGGGCUCCCGUCCGCCCUCUUGCAUCCCCUCGCCGUCCGCCCCCCGCAUCUCCUUCUUGGGCUUCGGACCCCCGGCCUCGCCCCCGAAACAUGACUCGCGAUUUCAAACCUGGGGACCUCAUCUUCGCCAAGAUGAAAGGUUAUCCUCAUUGGCCAGCUCGAGUAGAUGAAGUUCCUGAUGGGGCUGUAAAACCACCAACAAACAAACUACCUAUUUUCUUUUUUGGAACUCAUGAGACUGCUUUUUUAGGCCCAAAGGAUAUAUUUCCUUACUCAGAAAAUAAGGAAAAGUACGGCAAACCAAAUAAACGAAAAGGCUUUAAUGAAGGUUUAUGGGAGAUAGAUAACAAUCCGAAAGUGAAAUUUUCAAGUCAACAGACGUCAACUAAACAAUCAAAUGCAUCAUCUGAUGUUGAAGUUGAAGAAAAGGAAACUAGUGUUUCAAAGGAAGAUACUGAUCAUGAAGAAAAAGCCAGCAAUGAGGAUGUGACUAAAGCAAUUGACAUAACCACUCCAAAAGCUGCCAGAAGAGGGAGAAAGAGAAAGGCAGAAAAACAAGUAGAAACCGAGGAGGCAGGAGUAGUGGCGACAGCAGCAGCAUCUGUUAAUCUGAAAGUGAGUCCUAAAAGAGGACGACCUGCAGCUACAGAAGUCAAGAUUCCAAAACCAAGAGGCCGACCCAAAAUGGUAAAACAGCCCUGUCCUUCAGAGAGUGACAUGGUAACUGAAGAAGACAAAAGUAAGAAAAAGGGGCAAGAGGAAAAACAACCUAAAAAGCAGCCUAAAAAGGAUGAAGAGGGCCAGAAGGAAGAAGAUAAGCCAAGAAAAGAGCCAGAUAAAAAAGAGGGGAAGAAAGAAGUUGAAUCAAAAAGGAAAAAUUUAGCUAAAACAGGGGUUACUUCAACCUCUGAUUCUGAAGAGGAAGGAGAUGAUCAAGAAGGUGAAAAGAAGAGAAAAGGUGGAAGAAACUUUCAGACUGCUCAUAGAAGGAAUAUGGUGAAAGGCCAACAUGAGAAAGACGCAGCAGAUAGAAAACGCAAGCAAGAGGAACAAAUGGAAACUGAGCAGCAGAAUAAAGAUGAAGGAAAGAAGCCAGAAGUUAAGAAAGUGGAGAAGAAGCGAGAAACAUCAAUGGAUUCUCGACUUCAAAGGAUACAUGCUGAAAUUAAAAAUUCACUCAAAAUUGAUAAUCUUGAUGUGAACAGAUGUAUUGAGGCCUUGGAUGAGCUUGCUUCACUUCAGGUCACAAUGCAACAAGCUCAGAAACACACAGAGAUGAUUACAACACUGAAAAAAAUACGGCGAUUCAAAGUUAGUCAGGUUAUCAUGGAGAAGUCUACAAUGUUGUAUAACAAGUUUAAGAAUAUGUUUUUGGUUGGUGAAGGAGAUUCUGUGAUCACACAAGUGCUGAAUAAAUCUCUUGCCGAACAAAGACAGCAUGAGGAAGCAAAUAAAACCAAAGAUCAAGGAAAGAAAGGGCCAAACAAAAAGCUAGAAAAGGAACAAACAGGUUCAAAGACUCUAAAUGGAGGAUCGGAUGCUCAAGACAGUAAUCAACCACAACAUAAUGGAGAUAGCAAUGAAGAAAGCAAAGACAACCACGAGGCCAACAGUAAGAAAAAGCCAUCCAGUGAAGAGAAAGAGACUGAAAUAUCUCUGAAGGAUUCUGCACUAGAUAACUAGGUUGACAUACCUGGAAUAUAAAGAACAUUUGAGAAGUUUGUAAUGGUUUUCAUUUGAAAUAUUUAGACUGCUGAAAGUUUUAAAUUUUUAUAAGCAUAGGUUUUGAUGUUUAAAACUUGUUUUGAGGGAGAAAUCCCUUUAUCUUUGUUUAAAAAUGAGUAAACAUUAUUGCUAAUUGUACUUGUGCAGUAUUAACAGCUACAUUAUACAGUAAAUGUGAGGGAAAGUCCAUUUAGGAAAUGUUAAACUGCUUUUCCAGACAUUGGUUGUAGUAUAUUUUCAAUUAGUGUGUGUACGUUAAUGUGCAUUGAUAGUAGAAAAAGGUUAGAUUUUUAAAAUUGCUACUUGUAUAAACCUUUCCUCUUUUCCCAAAUACCAUGGGUUUUGUGCAUAGUUUUUACAAAUCUUGGAUUUACCAGACUGUCUUUUCACUGUUUGUGGGUUUUGUAGAAGUUACACAUUUUUAUGGUAGAUAAAAUGUUACUUCUAUACAAGUGCUCACUCCCCCCUUUUAUCAAAAGUUAAUUUUAAUCUCACAGUCUACCUUGUGCUGCAUUAUCCUGCUGCUUUGUAAUAAUGUGUGUGGUCUGUAAUGUCUUUUUGUAUGACAACUAGAUAUCCAACUGACAUUGAACUGACAAUUCUAGGAGGUACAAAACUCAUGUUAACUUUUGAAGGCGAUUUAGUUUUGUGGCUGGGAAUUCAGUGAAGUCACAUGACUUUCCUGCAGUAAGCAGGAGUGUGUGUGUAUAUAUAUAGAAAUGAAUCUGGCUUUAGGGUCCAACCAUUUAAGAUCCUUUACAGGCACUAGUAGCUGAAACUGAAACCUAAAUGAUAAAAGUUUAUUUUUGCGAAAUGUCUCAAGUUUCUGAAUUUUUUAAAAAGUCACACUCAUUAAAGAAGUCACUAAGUAUUUUUUUAAUUGGAAAAAUAGCAAUCCAUGAUGCGUUUGCAGUAAAUAAAAGUAAAUAUAUAAGGAAACUAACCUAUUUGAAAACUUGGCUGUAUCAGAAGGGAAUUUUUAUUUCUAUGUCAUACAUGUGACAGGAUUGCAAAAAGUGGAAACACUAGUUACUCUGAGGCAGUAGACAAAAGUAAAGGAGUUGUCUGUGUAUUCAUGUUACGGACUUAAUCAGGGUGAACCAAGGUUAACACAGUUUAAGGGUAACUUACAGAUAGCAUUUCUAAGAUAUUUUGAACAUUAGGUCAGUUGGUGGUUUGCAAUAGCUUAAAGAUACUUCUCAUGUUUGGUAACUAUAAAUAUGGGGGAAAGGCUUAAUACCAGUGUUUGCAUGUGACAUGCAUUGUAUGCUUUGAUCUCUCGGGUAAUUGUUUUCACCAUAGAUGAAAAGUUUGAAUUAUUUCAGUAACUGGAGUUUUGCUUUUGAGAGGUCUUACAAUGGAACUAGGACCCACUGUUUUGAGGGAACUCUUGCUAUUACAUUAUAUCUGUUUGGUCCUUAAUACAAUUUAAAUUUGGACAGAUUUAUUCUAGUUAAGCCAUAAGUAUCAACAUGUAAACUUGUUUUGAUUAAAGAAUUUUUCUAUCAAA